AUGGAUCCAAAUUGCUCGACAUUCUCUGUCCAACUUUAUAUUUACGAUCUCUCGAGGGGAAUGGCGCGGCAGCUGAGCCCCAUCAUGCUGGGAAAACAACUCGAUGGAAUUUGGCACACAUCUGUUGUUGUAUAUGGAGAAGAGUUCUUCUUUGGUGGUGUGGGAAUCUCCAGCUGUACUCCAGGUGGUACCAUGCUUGGACCCCCAGACUCAGUAGUGGAAUUGGGUGACACAGAGGUGACUGAAGAAAUCUUUAUGGACUAUCUGUCUUCUCUGGGAGAGACCACCUACAGAGGGGAGAGAUACAGACUGUUUGAACAUAACUGUAAUACCUUCACUAAUGAAGUGGCUCAGUUCUUGACAGGCCGAAAUAUCCCGUCCUACAUCACAGACCUGCCCUCUGAGGUCCUCUCCACGCCGUUUGGUCAGGUUCUGAGGCCCAUCUUAGACUCCAUCCACAUUGCUCCACCUGGAGGGAACAUCAUUAACAGCCAGAACAACCACCAGAGUUAGACACACUCUCUCUCUC